AUGUCGCGUACCCAGUACGACCCCCCGACCUCGGCGCAACCCUCUCCAAAAUCCUCCUCUUCUUCCUCCUCGCGACAGAGCCUCCCAACCGAGCCUGGCGCGCCUCCGGUCCAGCAGCAGGCCAGCACCGAGCCCUCGACGUCCACGCCCCAGUCUCCCCGCUUCGACUCCUCCAUAGAGGGCUACCCGUCAUGGCUCCCCAAAAGGCCCCCGCCCCCGGCCCCGCCCACCGCCUACUCCACCCGCACCUCUGGCCUCGGCAUGUACAGCGACGCCGGCCCCAGCAGCGAGCCCUUCUACGGCGUCGGCCGCAAGCCCACGCCCCGCUCCGUCCGCAUCGUCAGCCUCCAGAACUCGUCCCUCAGCGACAAGGACAGGCACCCCCGCCGCCGCGAGUCCACCGACCCCAUCCGCGCCUUCUCCGCCGCCCACAACCGCGUCUGGUCCCGCGCCACCAGCGCUGGCCUCAGUCCCACCCUCUUCUCGUCCCCGCCCUCCCUGCCCCGCCCCCGCUUCCGCGCGUCGUCCCUCCACCUCGAGCUCCUCCGCAGCCCGUCUUGGAACAUGCGCCUCUGGUACUACCUCUACCCGCUCUUUGUCUUUGCCCACAUCCCGCUCCAGACCUUUUUCGACUUUAACGCCGUGUUCAUUUUGUUGCUGGCCGCAAAGUACCCCAACCCGUCCGCCCCGGGGGUCGCUGGUUCCGGGCGGGGUUGGGCCCUCGGCGCCGCGGCGUACAUCGCCUGCUGGGCGGUCCAGGUGUUCGUCGUCUUCGUCAUGUACGAGAUCGUCUACUCCUUCGUCCGGCGAUGGAGGGUCAGUGAGUGCCGUGCCCGUUUCUCCCUCGCACGCGCGCGCGCGCGUGUGUUGUGUGCCUUCUUUCUGACCGCUCGCGCGCCCCUUCCCCCAACAGAACGUCCGUUCGUGCUUCCCAUCUACCUCUCGACACCCGCGCGCCGGCUCGCAGCGCUCACCUCCUACACACACUUCUGCUUCCUGCAACACAUCCGCCUCUCCGCCUGGUCCUCCCCCACCUCUGCCUCAGCCUCAGCCUCCGCCUCUAGCGGCGGCGUGCGCGACGGGCUCGCAGAGGCGUGCUACGCGCACGCGCAGAACCUGCCGACGGUCGCGCUGCUCCUGCCGCGCGCGGGCCUCGCGCUCGCGGCGCUGCUCGCGUUCUCGGACGCGCAGCCGGGCGAGCUGGGCCUCGCCGACGCCGGCGUGCGCCCGCGCGACGGCACCUUCUUCCGCGCCGCCGACCAGACUCUGACGGCGUACGCGCGCGGCGUGCUCGUCGCGAACGCCGCGUGGACCGCCUGGCGCGCCGUCGUCCUCCUCGUGAGCUGGACCGGCCUCUGGGUGCUCAGCGGGCAGGGCUGCGCAGGCCUGUGCGGACCGCGGUUCCGCUGGGAGGAAGAGGAGGACGCGGAGAAGGCGGCCGCCGCCGUCGCCGCCGCGGGCGAGACCUUUGCGCCCGACGCGCCGCUGCCCUGGGCCUGGCGCGAGCGCACGCUCCUCCGCGUCGUCGACGCGUACGAGUUCUGCCUCACGGACCGUCUCCCGCGCGUGCCUGGCGCGAUCGCAGGGGGAGGAGAGAAGACGAAGGAGGGAGGAGGAGAGGCGCACGGGGGCGGCGGCGCGGCACAGCAACAGCAGCAGCAGCACCAGGGCGGCUUCGAGGGCAUCGACCGCGUGUUUGCCGCGGUGGGGCUUGGCGGGCAGGGUGCACCUCCUGCUGCGGCGCGCCGGGGCGUGCUCACCGAAGAGCUCUUCGCGACGCCUGAGCCGUCGCCUGGGUCGGAUAGUCGCCACCAUCGGGGACGACAGCCUGGAAGCAGUGGCAACAGCAAUAGCAACAGUAAUAGCGAGAGCGAGAGGAACAGCAGCAGUGCCAACGGCAGGAGCGAUAACGGCAGGAGCAGAAGCAGUGGCAACGGAAACGGCAGAGGCAGAGGCAAGAGCGGCAGUUCGGGCAGCGAUGCACCACCGCCGCCGCCGCCGCCGCCGCCGCCGCCGCUCUCGGCGUACCCGUUCACGGGCGCUGCGGCGCAGAUCUCGAGCGAAGACGUCGUGCCGUUCCCGCCGUCGCCCGAGCCGGAGGAGGGCGACGAGAGCGAGCGCGAGACAGGCGGGCCGCAGGAAAGGGACGAGGGGCACGGGGAAAGAGCGGCAGAAGGAGAAGAGGAGCAAGGCGAAGAGGAAGGCGAGGAGGAAGGAGAGCUCGAGGGGCUCGAAGGGCUCAGCGCCGAGGGGCUCAGUGCCGAGGGCGGCUACAGCGCCGAGGCGGGCGAGAGCGAGUUCACGUCCGACGACCGGCGCACGUCAGGGUCCCUGUCGAGCCUCGGCCGGCCCGUCCCGUCGCGCUACCCGUUCUCCUUCCGCAGACCCCGCACCCGCGGCGGCGGCCGCGCCGGCAGCACCAUCUCGACCCUGUCGUACCGCAGCCAGCUCAGCCAGGCGCUCUCGUCCCCGACGUCGCCGCACCGCGCCAGCAUCGUCACCGGCGCCAGCGUCGCCACCGCUGGCGCCGCACGGUCCACGCAGUCCCGCUCGACCAACUCCCGCUCGACGAAUUCGCGCUCGACGCAGUCGACGGGCAACCGCGAGUCGUCGGACUCGCCCAUGUCGCGCGGCAGCUCGAACGCGUCCGGCCCGCCGCCGGGCGCGCGGGGCGGCAACGGCGGCAGUGGCGGCGCCAGCGGCAGCAGCGCGAUUCCGAUGCCGCCGCGCCACCCGCAGAAGCGGAGCCGCGCGCGCACGGUGCCCGCGGGCUCGCCGGGCAGCUCGAUGUCGUCUGCGUCGCCCGUCGUGUUCCCCGGCGUGCUGCCGUCGCGCGUGGGCAGCGCGCACACGCGCACCGCGAGCGACCUGUCCAUGACCUUUGGCCCGCACGCGCCCGUGCCGUUCGUGCUCAACUCGGAUGACGAAAGGGAAGGCGAAGAAGAAGAAGAAGAAGAAGGCCGCGAGGGUUCGCUCAUGGACGUGCCCGAGGCAGAGGGCUCGGGCGAGGAGGCCGAGCAGCACGACAGCGUCGGCCUGCUGUACGGCCGCGCGAGCGCGCCCGCGUCGCGCACGUCGCUCCGCCAGUUCGCGAGCGGGCUCCACCGCCGCGCGAACGGCUCGCGCUCGCGCUCGGCGUCCUCCCGUUCGCGCACGACCUCGUCGCACUCGAACUCGCGCGGCUCCGAGUCCGCGCGCUCCCGCGCGCAGUCGCUCAUCCACUCCCUCGGCGCCGCCGCGUCCCGCUCGUCCCUCGACCUCGUCACGCGCGCGCGCGCCCACUCGAUGCAGCAACAGCAGCGCCUCGCGGACUAUGACGACGACUACUCCUCGGCCUCGCCGGACCCGAUGCCGAGCAGCCCCGAGAACAACACGUUCGGCUUCGCGCGCAGGCCGCCGCGCCGCGACGACGACGCGCCCAGCAGCGCCGGCUCUGGCGGCGGCGUCUCCGUCGUGGGCGACGAGCCUGCCACCGUGGCCGUGGCCGUGCCCGCGCCCGCGCGCCGCCGGCGCCGGCACACGUCUGAGGCCUCGCGCGGCGCGCCGAGCGAGCUGAGCGUGCGCACGGCGCGUGCGGGCCCGACGGCGCAUGCUGCGGGCGGCAGCAGCGCGCCGGUGCCGAUCCCGAUCCCGCACGGCAGCUUGCCGGAUCUCAGCACGGCGCACGCGUCGCUGGUGACCGCGCCUGAGACCGUCCAGGGGACGGGUGGCGCGGGCGGGACGCCGUCGAGCUGGGGCACCAGGCUGGACCAGCGUUUGGGCCAAGGCCGGGCGUGGGAGCCUGCGUAA